AUGAUGAUCCACGUCACCACCGACCGUCCCGAGGCCAUUGGUGGGCGGGGCCCGCGCUCGCCACGCCCCGCUGACGUCGCCACCAGCCGUCCCGAAGCCGUUCGUGGGCGGGGCCUGCGCUCGCCACUCCCAUCUACGUCACUACCGCCCCCCGAUGCCGUUGGUGGGCGGGGCCUGCGCCUGCCACGCCGGUCUACGUCACCCUCGACCUCUCGGGCGUCCCGAGUGGGCGUGACGAGCGCAGGCCACGUCCACCUACGUCACCGCCGCCCGUCCCGAGGCCAUUGGUGGGCGGGGUCCGCGCUCGCCACGCCCCUCUACGUCACCCCGACCGUCCCGAGGCCGUUUGUGGGCGGGGCCUGCGCUCGCCACGCCCAUCGACGUCACUACCGCCCCCCCGAUGCCGUUGGUGGGCGGGGCCUGCGCCUGCCACGCCGGUCUACGUCACCAUCGACCUCUCGGGCGUCCCGAGUGGGCGUGACGAGCGCAGGCCACGCCCACCUACGUCACCGCCGCCCGCCCCGAGGCCAUUGGUGGGCGGGGUCCGCGCUCGCCACGCCCCCCUACGUCCCCGCCGCCCGCCUCGGCGCCGUCCGCGCGUCCCCGCCCCCGGCCUACGUCACCGCCCGCCGUCCCGAGGCUUUGCCGCCGCUGAGGAGAGCGAGCGGGAAGGCGAAUGGCGGCCCCGGCGCUGGGCUGCCCCCGCCGCCUGCCCCGCCUGACGCGCCUCCUGCUCCGCCGCCGCCAGCCGGGCUCCAGCCCGGGGCCCGGCCCGUGGGGGGGCUGGGCCGGGGCCGGGGCCGGGGCCGCCAUGGACCCGCCGGCCGAGGAGGACGACGGGGCUCAGCCCCCGCUGCCGCCGCACGCGCCCCCGCCGCCGGCCUCGGCCCCCGCCGUCCCGCCCCCGGACUGGCUGGCGGCGCUGCGCUUCGACAACCUGGCGCUGCGCGAGCUUCCCGUGGAGGAGCCGGCCGAGGCCCCCAACGCCGGGCCGCUGCCCGGGGGCCCCGCCGCCGCCCCCCGUGCCCGACCCCGCGCCCCGGCCCGUGCCCGGGGCCUGCUUCAGCCGCGUGCGGCCCAGCCCGCUCCGCGCGCCGCGCCUGGUGGCGCUGGCCGCGCCCGCGCUGGCGCUGCUGGGGCUGGAGCCCGGGGACGCCGGGGGCCCCCCAGCCGGACGGGGACCCCGAGCAGGAGCCCGAGCCCGCCCGGCAGGCCCGCCAGGCCCGCGAGGCGGACGCGGCCCUCUACUUCAGCGGCAACGCGCUGCUCCCGGGCUCCGAGCCCGCCGCCCACUGCUACUGCGGACACCAGUUCGGCAGCUUCGCCGGGCAGCUCGGGGACGGCGCCGCCAUGUACCUGGGCGAGGUCUGCGGCCCCGGCGGACGCCGCUGGGAGUUACAGCUCAAGGGAGCCGGGCCCACACCCUUCUCCAGACACGCCGACGGACGCAAGGUCCUGCGCUCCAGUAUCCGGGAGUUCCUGUGCAGCGAAGCCAUGUUCCACCUGGGCAUCCCCACCACCCGGGCCGGGACCUGCGUCACCUCCGAGUCGGCCGUCAUCCGCGACGUCCACUACGACGGAAACCCCAAGUACGAGAAGUGCGCCGUGGUGCUGCGCAUCGCCUCCACCUUCCUAAGGUUUGGCUCCUUUGAGAUUUUCAAGCCCAGGGACGAGCACACGGGGCGGCAGGGCCCCAGCGUGGGCCGGAACGACAUCCGCAUCCGCAUGCUGGACUACGUCAUCGGCACUUUCUACCCCGAGAUCCAGGAAGCCCACGGGGACGACACCGUGCGGAGGAACGCCGCCUUCUUCCGCGAGGUAACGCGGCGGACGGCGAGGACGGUGGCGGAAUGGCAGUGUGUCGGCUUCUGCCACGGGGUGCUGAACACGGACAACAUGAGCAUCGUGGGGCUGACCAUCGACUACGGGCCUUUCGGCUUCCUGGACAGGUACGACCCCGACCACGUCUGCAACGGGUCGGACGAGGUGGGCCGCUACGCGUACAGCCGGCAGCCCGCGGUCUGCAAGUGGAACCUGCGGAAGCUGGCGGAAGCCCUGGUCCCGGAGCUGCCCCUGGAGCUGGGCCUGGCCAUCGUGGACGAGGAGUUCGAGGCCCAGUUCGACCGGCACUACCUGGCCAAGAUGAGGAAGAAGCUGGGACUUCUUCAGCUGGAGCUGGAGGAAGACGGCAGACUGGUGUCGGACCUCCUGGAGACCAUGCGGCUCACAGGAGCCGACUUCACCAACACCUUCCGUCUGCUGAGCUCUUUCUCCGUCACCGCGGACCCCGGCGAGGAGGGGGACGUCCUGGACAGGAUCGGGGAGCAGUGCGCUUCCCUGGAGGAAAUGAAGGUCGCCUUCAAGCCCCAGAUGGACCCCAGGCAGCUGUCCAUGAUGCUGAUGCUGGAGCGGUCAAACCCGCAGCUGUUCGCGCUGAUCGGCACCCGCGCCAGCCUGGACAAGGAGCUGGAGCGCGUGGAGCAGCAGGCCAGACUGCAGAGCCUGACGCCGGCCCAGCUGCUGGAGGGGAGCAAGACCCGCUGGGAGCAAUGGCUGGAGACGUACCGCGCCCGGCUGGAGAAGGAGCUGGAGAGCGUGGGCAGCGCCGAGGUCUGGGCCGACCAGCGGGUGAAGACCAUGAACUCCAACAACCCCAAGUUCAUCCUGAGGAACUACAUGGCGCAGAACGCUAUUGAGGACGCCCAGAACGGAGACUUCAGAGAGGUGAGGAAGCUGGCGAAGCUGCUGGAGCAUCCCUACCGGGACGAAGAAGGGCUGGACCGGCCGGAGGCCGCCGACGAUGCCGACCGCUCGGUCCGCGGCCUGGCGUACUGCGCUAAGCCCCCGCACUGGGCGGCCCAGCUGAGCGUGACGUGAUCCUCGUAACCGCCUUGCUCCGGCCUCCGCUGGGGCCCCCGCCCCGGCGGAGAGGACGGCGCAAGGCCUCCCGCCCCCGUGCUGUUGAGUCUACAGAACGGACUGUUUGGAUGCCCCUCGUCUGGGCCCGGGCCCCGGGGCGAGGCGCUCGCCCGGGCCCAGGCGGGACCUCGGCCUCCAGGCACCUGUUUUUCCAUGAAGACAAAAACCUCAAGUCAGGCCGCUGAUCCGUUUUUGUCCGACGGCGAGUCAACAGCGCUGCUCGGCCCUGCCAGCGCCGCCCCCUGCCCCGCCCGCCGCCACAGCUGGCAGCGCCCGCUUUCUGCUUAGUGAAGUGCUUUGCCCAGCUGGUUCGGCGCCGCCCGGCCCCGGGGGCGUGAAGGUGAGCGUGGCCGGAGGGACGGGAGGCGCCGGGCGCCGCGCCAACCUCCUCCUCCCUGCCCCGGCCUCUCGUCCGCUGCCGCUUCCCGGCCCGGCUCCCAGCUGUGAUGGGGGGGCAGGGGACGGGCACCCGCCUUGGGCUGACCCUCCUGCCCCCGCCCCCUGCGCCCCUCGCCCCCCACCCCAAGCCGGACUCCAGCCUUGGAGAGGGCUCGUUGAAGCUGCUACGUGACUUAUUCCUUUACUUAUAAAGGUCAACUCUGAUGCC